AUGGAUAACGAGGAGUUGUUGAAGAUUUUGGAGAGUACUCAAGAGGAGGAAAAUGACAGGCUUAAAGUUGGGCCUGAAGAGUACGAUCCUGGGGAGACUUUGGCUCAGUUAAGCGACGGUGUACUAAUCGAAUAUAUUGCCAAUUUAUCGCAGGAUCCCAGGAAAGAUUUCACUAGAGAAGAAUAUUUUAGAGAUAAGGAGAUCAAACAGCGGGAACAUGAUGAAGCCACUCGGCAGGAGAGGGGCGAAAUUCAUCCGCCAAUAUUCGCGGGUUGUACCAUAUAUAUCAAUGGAUACACUAAACCUGGCAGGUUACAACUGCAUGAGAUGUUUGUAUCUUAUGGCGGGAAUUUUCUACAUUAUUUGUCUGGGAAGAGGAAGAUAACUCACAUAGUUGCGACUAAUCUACCUUUGAAGAAAAGGCUUGAGUUUAGGAACUAUAAGGUAGUCAGGCCGGAAUGGAUAACUGAAUCUAUUGACCAAGAAAAAUUACUUCCUUGGCAAAAUUAUGCAUUAUCUUGGGAUCAAGAACAAAAGAACUUACAGUUUAAAGCGGCUUCUCCUCCUCCAAGUGAUACAAUCGAUUGUAAGGACCCCAAUUUCAUUCAAAAUUUUUUUGAAAACUCAAGGUUGCAUCAUCUUUCUAACUGGAAAGCCGAUCUUCGGUCAAAAUUUCUCAAUGAUACUUUUACCAAGCCUUCGCCAGGUGAUAGUCUGUCAAUUUUCCAUAUCGAUUUUGAUUGCUUCUUCGCUACUGUCGCGGCGCUUAGCUGUAAUACCUGUGACAUCGACAGAGACCCAAUAGUGGUAUGUCAUGGUACAAAGAGCUCUGAUAUUGCAAGCUGCAAUUACGUUGCACGUAAAUACGGUAUUCGUAAUGGGAUGUGGGUCUCUAGAGCCAAGACACUUUUACCCCCGGACGUUGAACUGGUUUGUCUUCCCUACAAUUUCGAACAAAUAGAGAACAAAUCCAAGAUUUUUUACGAAGUAUUAAAGGACUACGAAAUUAAGUUCGAUCUCAUUUUACCUAUUUCCAUAGACGAAGCUGUCUGUGUGAUCAUCAAUAAUCACAGCAUAGAACCAAUAGAUUGUGACCAAAUUUGCCGGGAUGUCCGGUCGCAGAUCUGGGAAAAGACCAAAGGUUGCACGGUGAGUAUUGGUUGUUCGGAUUUCUUGGUUUUGUCGAGAUUGAAUUUAAAACUGGCUAAACCUAAUGGUUAUCGUGUUUUGACCCAGGAUCAACUGACAAAAGAUGAACAAUUUUGGGAUGAUUUUCUGGCCAAGUUCUCUAUCGAUGAUCUACCAGGUGUAGGUUAUUCUAUAGUAUCAAAACUUCGAGCCGAUAAUCCAGAACUUGACAACCUUUUGCAACUAAAGCAGUACUAUCACAACUCUCUCCCGCUGCUACAGAAAUGCGUUGGGAAAAAGACUGGGAAUAAGAUAUUUUCUUUCCUGCAAGGUAAAGACGACCAGGAAAGCAGUCGAAUGAUUUACCAACCAGAGGAGUUCUUUGCAAGAAAGUCUCUCUCCAUUGAAAUCAACUGGGGUAUACGAUUUGAUACUGUGCAAGAAAUUGAUGACUUUAUUGACUCUUGUGCAGUAUAUCUGGUGAGGAAACUGAUUGAUCUAAACAAGAAAACUUCGCAGAUCACCAUGAAGUUGAUGCGAAGAAGUGCACACGCUCCGAUUGAGCCAGCUAAGUACCUUGGAAUGGGUGAAUGUGAUGCACUGAGUCACACAAGCAGACUCGGAAUUCCGACGUCAGAAGUCGGCGUCAUUGCAACGGAAUUAAAAUGUACGUUUAGGCUGCUGGCUUGUCCACCUAAAGAAUUAAGAGGCGUCGGAGUUCAAUUCAAUAAACUUGUCGAGGUUUCUUCAAGCGUUGGUGGCCAGCAGGACAAAUUGAGGCUACCAUUUCAAAAGACCUUGAAUUUUGAACUGUUUAAUAAUUUACCGAAUGAUGUGAAAGCUGAUUUUUCCAAAGAAUUAAAGCGACGGGAUAUCAUCAUAACUGGCGGGCCCAGUGUGAGAUCGAGCCGCCCAACAACAUAUCAAGAAAGGUUCAUGGAAGAAUUACCAACUCAGAUUAGAAAUGAAGUGAAGCACGAUAUGAGAAUCACUGAAAAAAUCAAAAAGACAAAAUUGAGUGAGCUUCGAGAACAAACAAGGAAGAAGAAAGAGUCUAUCAAGAAUGUACGAGCUCAUCUGUUGGGAAGAGAAAGUCUAUUUGAGCCCAUAAAAUUUCAGAAAGAGACAAGGUUCAAGGAUAUAUGUAAAAUUGUUCUCGAUUGGGUUGAUGCGACUUUAAUCGAUGGGCCUCAUGAAAAAGAUUUGGAACUUUUUGAAACUUAUUUAGAUAGGUUAUCAGAUGCCAACAGGGUUCCAUUAAUUUUACGUAUUUCAAAAUUGAUUUCAACCCGACUAAACUUAAAAUCGAAUUAUCAUGGUGAGGAUUCUGGUUUUCAAGAGUGGGAACGUUUUUUACUCACAGUAAUAAUACCUAAACUAAACAAGAACAAGCAUACUUUCCAAACGGUUAGAAAAUUAGAUAUUGAUUUUGAUCUAUAG